CAUGGUUGUGUGUGUACAUAUUAAAAGUCUUAGGGGAUUAAACAUCAUGGAAGUUCUCAGAGGAUGUGGGAACCGCCCGUCACAAGCACAGAAGUACUUAAAUGACAUCACUUAGCCUGACUCAGCUGGGAUGGUCUCGGCACCAUGAACACUGAAACACACCCUGGUGGUCAAAGCUCCGCAGAAACCGACAUCCAUGUUGGAUCAACGGGUGCAGCUCGCUGUGAAAGCCGAGGGGACCUCAGAGCCUGAAUGUCGGAGGAACUCAGCCAGUACACUUGGCCUUAUGUCACUGUACGGGACGGCCCUUUGCCCUUCGAUGUUUUGGAUUUUAACCAAUCAUAUAAUGAUGCAGUUUGGAGUGACAGACCAAACAACRAAUCAGAGGAGGAGAACGUGAAAUGGGCGUGACCUUAGGGCUAGGGUGUCGCCGUGGAGRCUCUGUGAAGGCGACGGCAGUCGUCGGUAAUUCAGCUGUAAUCUCGUGUAAAACCAGAAUAAUUCGGAGGAACAGACAAUCUGGGUCUCAUCCAUGCUCGGUUCGGUGCCCAGUGUUGUCGGCAGGCUCCUGGGAUGACGGCGGACAUCUGAUGAUUAGCUCUCCGUUAGUUUGAAGAAAGACCGAGUCCGGGUAGAGACAGACAGGGAGCCAUUUUGUCCCAACUGUGUGUGUGUUGUGUGUCUGUGUGUGCGCGGAGAAAAGAGAGUGGAAAAGAGGACUCACACGAGAAGAGUGUAUUUUUGUGUUUUUUGUAUUCGUGUUGUAGGAGAACCUGGGAUUGUGAACUUGUUUGGAUUAUUUAGGACUUGGAGGACCUGGUCAGACUAGCAGGGCGCUGGCUUUAGACUUCACGUAGGCGUGUUAGUUGACCUCUUUUUCUUUUAACUUUGUGUGUGGGUGAACACAAACUGCUUCAAUGGCUAAGAAGACGUACGACCUGCUGUUCAAGCUGCUGCUGAUCGGGGACUCGGGUGUGGGGAAGACCUGUGUGUUGUUCCGCUUCUCUGACGACGCCUUCAACACAACCUUCAUCUCGACCAUAGGAAUAGACUUCAAGAUUAAAACAGUUGAAUUACAAGGAAAGAAGAUCAAACUGCAGAUAUGGGACACAGCGGGCCAAGAACGGUUCCACACCAUCACCACCUCCUACUACAGAGGAGCAAUGGGAAUCAUGCUGGUCUACGACAUCUCCAACGCUAAGAGCUUCGAAAACAUCAGCAAGUGGCUGCGCAACAUCGAUGAGCAUGCAAAUGAGGAUGUUGAGAGAAUGUUGCUAGGCAACAAGUGUGACAUGGAGGACAAGCGGGUGGUACCCAAAGCCAAGGGAGAGCAGCACACACACACACACACACACACACACACACACACACACACACACACACACACACACACACACACUCUCUAACUCUGUCACCUCUAACCUGUCUCAUGAGUUUUCUCUGACACUGACGCUCUGUCUCUUUAUCAGAAUAAAACAAUAAACUUCUUCACUCGUCUAAUCCUCCUUCACCACCUUCUUCUGCAUCUGAUCAUUUUUAUUUCUGAUAAAAARAGAAAUUCACUCAAGUUUCUUGUCAUUUGUUUUAAAAGGUUAAGAAAAGAAAAGUAUAAAAAGACAAGCUGAUAUUUUUAAUAUUUCUUUGCCUGAGCUGACCUGGUUGAUGCUCCUGAACACCGCCCACCCACAGCUUCCCUUUCAGAGGAAAUCCAAGUAAAGAGGAAGAAAUAACACUUAGGAUUAMCAUUUUAUACACUUGGUGAGCUUCCUGUCGUCUGUUUAGUUCCACUUUACCAGGUGGCAGAGGCGUGGUUAGCUCCUCUUGUAUGUAGGGGUUUAUUUUGUCUUGUGCCUUAUAUGAAAGAAAGUGGGCGGGGCUGUGUGGUGGGUGGAGCCACAUCUGUCUAAUGGAAAUACACUUUAAUAUUCUGUCAGUUCAGACUCUUAACGAAGAAGCAGAACUGAAGCUAAAGCGUUUGAAUUUCUUCAGCCAAGACAACGGUGUUAUAAAGUAUGUCCUGUUUAUUGAUGUUUUAUUUGUUUGCUUUAUCUUUAUUUUUUUCCCUGCAUGCAGUUUUCUUUGGGUUGGAAACGUUUCUGUAACCUUGUGUAAUGUUUUACCACUGAGUGACUGGGCGGGAGGCACACGACUUCUCUUUGGAAAUUCAAACAGUUUUUGCAGAUCCAUUAAAAAUAUGCUUGUUUAAGUGAA